AUGCCCCCAAAAGCAAUUGAGAGACCCAAAAGGACAAUUUAUCUCAAAAAAAGCCUAACUAGCCUUUCUGACAUCUCUUCCACAAACACAUCAACUGAAUCUUCCCUACUAGACACACCAGAACUCAGAAUCAACAAGAUAGAAGAACAUAUUCUAGACCAGGAGAAUUCAGAGUACGAGUUCCAACGAAAACCCAAUCGUAUCGUGGCCAGUCCUGCCCAUGACACCAACCAAACCAUCACCAAAGACAAGGAAGAUGCCAGGAACAACACCCCAGGUUGGUUCCAUGGCAAAGCCAAUGAAAAUGUGCAGAACUUCCUGCGUGAAGUUGAUCGGUACAUCAUGCUUAACAAGCUAAAAACUGAACAAGGGAAGAUCACAGUGUUCAGUACUCUCUUAUUGUCAGGAUCAAUCUCAGACACCUGGUGGAACAAGUUAGACAACACCACAGCAGGACAAGCAGCAUAUGACAACCAACUCAAGCAAUGGUUGGCAACAAAUGGGCAAACAAGACGAGUCACCGAGAAUACCCAAUUCCCACUUCGUCCAGGCAAUGCUAUGAUAUGCUCAGGGGAGUGUUUCAAAUGCAGCGCACAUGGACACAUAAGAAUAUGUGCAGUGGGACCAGGGAAAAGGAUCAGGGUCGUCAGUGUAGAGGGACACCAGACGACCCGCAUAGAUAAAGUACCUCAGCUGCUGGAACCACCAGUCCUCGUAUGUGAAGAGGCAACAUAUGAGGACUAUCAUCAAGGCCCCGUCGAAACAAUCAUAGACAGAGAACCAUGCAGUGUAUCAGCAUUAGAUGAUCAAUGUAAUGUCAGUGACUUGUAUUCAACGGCAGAAGAAAAAGACAACAAGCAAUGGUACCUACCAUUCCUGCAGUAUACUUCGUUCCUAGGUCCACAAGGCAAAGUUGUCAGAGUCAAAGCAUUAUUCAAUGAAGGAGCAAUGAUGAGCAUUAUGUGCUCAUCGGUGUUCAACAAUGUCAAGCAUAGACUAUGGAAUUGGACUCCAUCAACAAAGCGUCUUUGUAUGGUGAACGGAGCAAUAGUUCAAUUGGAAGCUAUGUGGAAGGGAGAAGUGGUCAUAGGAGGAAGCGGAGGAGGCUGGAAGUUUCUAUUUGGGAAACCGCUACUCCAGGCAUUCAAAGCAGUCCACAAUUAUGAGGUUGAUGAAGUUCAAGUCACAGGUACCAGGACACUGUACAACCAGAUGCAAGUAAUAAAAGCAAGCAUCACAGAGGUUGAGAACGAUGAAGAAACUCAGUCGAAUGAACCUGAUAAUCUCCUGAAGGAAGUCCCCACAGAUUUCUUAGCAAAUGACAAGGCAAUAUUCAUGCGACUCACGAACCCACAUAACCCACUGCUCCAAUAUGGGCAGGAUCUCACACUGGAAGAACUAGAACAGGUGAAGGCGCUCGUCACGGAGUAUGCGGACAUCUUCACAUGUUCAUUAGGAGAAGUAUUACUAGUGCCCGGAGCAGUACAUCUUUUGAACAUACCUGAUGGAACAACAUUCAAUCUCCGAGUACACCAAUGGCCACUCACUCCCCCACAGACACAGUUCCUACAUGGCAAGAUUGACAAAAUGCUCGAAGUGGAUAUCAUAGAAUACACACCCCCAAAGGCAGUCAAAUGCUGUGCAAACAUGAUACUGGCAAAGAAAGUGUAUGAACAAGAAGGGAUGAUAUUAGAAGAGUUGCAGUACACAGUCAACGAACAAUGCUCACAAAAUGGCCAGCCACCAGCCUUCAUGUUACCAGAAUGCGAAGUCCCAGAAGAACCAGCAAGGGAGAGCAGCACUCUGAAACCGCAAAAAUGGAGAAUUUGUCAAAACUUCAAUGAAGUCAACUGA